CCGAGCACGGCCAGCUUUCGCUUUCCAUUUCCCCGGCGGGGCGGGGCGGGCAGCGAGCAGCUGACAGCCCAGGAGCCGUACGCUAAGAAGGGAGAGCCGGGCUCUGUCCGGCCGGCGUUGCGGGAUGGCGGGGGCGCGGCAGCGGCAGCGGCGGGCCAGGAGGCGGCAGAGCGGGCUGCGGAGCAGGGCCCCGCGGAGGCCGCCUGAUGCCAGAGAAUGCGUGCAGUUAGAGAGAAAAGAGGAGGUGCGGUGUUCGAACUGUGAUGAAACACAUGUUCUCAUUCGCUCCCGUGAUGGGAACCUUUAUGAACGCUGGACCACGACUCCAGACAAAAUCUCUAAGCCAAGGCUGGUGAAAGAACUGGGAAACCAUGAUAUUGUUCAAAUAGCCUGUGGAGACCAUCAUUCCGUGGCGCUGUCCAGAGGAGGUAAUCUCUUUACCUGGGGCCAGAAUACCCAUGGACAGCUUGGACUGGGGAGCCAAGACCUGCUCAUCCCUGUACCACACCUGGUGAAAGAACUAAAGGGCAUCCCACUUGCUCAAAUUGCUGCUGGAGGAGCUCACAGUUUUGUUGUGUCAUUCUCUGGAGCUGUGUACUCCUGGGGAAAGAAUGAUUUUGGACAGCUGGGACUUGGACACACAGAAGACAGGGACUGCCCAUCAUAUGUUGAAGCAUUAGAGCACUGGAAGGCUGUAUUUAUCUCAUGUGGGGCAGACCACACUGCAGUUCUCUCCAAGGAUGGCUUGUUGUACACCUUUGGAGCAGGAGGGGCUGGCCAGCUUGGUCACAACUCCACCCGGAAUGAAUUAACACCUCGUGUGGUGGCUGAACUGUGGGGAGCAAGAGUUUCACAGGUUGCCUGUGGAAGGCAGCACACCCUGGUCUAUGUCCUAUCUUUGGACCAAGUCUAUUCAUUUGGUUCUUACGAAGGACAGCUGGGAAGUGAGAGAAAAGCUAAUCAGUUGAUACCACUGCCCAUCAAUUCACCAGGGGAUAAUGGGAAAUUCUCACAGGAAAACAUGUCACAAAACGUGAUUAAAACUACUGCAGAAGGAAAGGAAAGUAUCGUUGGCCUUCUCUUUAAGAAAAGGAAUUCCUAUCCUUUGAAUGGAAUUGCCACUCUGGAGAGGAAAGAAGUGAAUGCAUGGGUUUCUAAUUCCUGUCCUCAACACCGGGAGACUAUAAAAAAGAAUAUCAGACUAAUCUUUUCAUCUGAGGCUUGCAUCAAUGGAAGUUUCUUGGAUGAAAGAGGCAAACAUUUCAGAACUUCCAAAGAAAUCUCAGGUUUAGACAUGGCAAAAGUGCUAUGCUUUUAUAAGAAGAUGAGCAAGAAUGCAGAAGUCUACCAGGAGGUACAAAAGGAGAUCAACAAUUUACUGCCAUCAUUGUCGUCUUCUCCUAUUUCACCUGAAAAUUUCAGAAUCUACUUGAUCUUGCCUUUCCUUCUGCAGAGAGAGGUUAACAGCUCUUACUGUACUCUCAAGCUGCUAGCAGAAGCUAUCCUGAGGCUCCAGCAGAAGGACCUCCAAACUCUUGAAUGCCUGUGGUCAAAUCUAGAAACAGACCUUUUCAAGAAACUGGUCAUUAUAUUUAAGAGGGUUUCCCUGUAUGCUCUGACUGAACUUUUCAGGAGCGGUUUGUCUGAGCAAUUCCCACAAGAAAUAGAGACUCUGCAAAUACUGCAGAUUCUUUACCAGGUGAACUCCAGGGCUGGUUUCAGGCUACAAGACGACAAUUUCUAUAUACCUGAAAUGAACGAGAUUGUCCUUCAUUUUUUCACCAUGGGCAAAAUUACAAUGCUGAUUAAAUAUCCAUGCAUUUUUGACAUGAAGCAGAAGAUGCUGAUUCAUACUUUAGAAUGCAACAGACUCUCUUUAUAUUUCAACUUUCAUCCAGACUCAGUAAGCGUAUUGCAGAACCAGUGGACUUUUCCUGUCAGAAGAGAAUGCCUUCUGCAUGACAUAUGGAAUCAUUUAAGAAAUGCAAAGAACAAGCAAUUCACAUGUUCCUUAAAAGUGGUCUUCACGGGCGAGGAAGGGGAAGGAGUCGGGCUGCGCCGGGAGUUUUUCAGCGUCGCCGCUAAGGCCCUCUGCGAUCCCCAGAGCGGUGUCUUCCGCCACUUCCCCUCCAGGCUGGUCUGGUUCCCCAGGCAGGCGUUGAGCCACGGUGACACCUUUCUCCUGGCUGGCACCUUGUUCGGAAUGGCCCUAUAUAACCAUUGCCUGGCUCCCUUCCCCUUCCCCAGGGCUCUCUUCAAGAAGAUGCGGGAUGUCGAGCCCACCCUGGAGGACCUGGAGGAGCUAAUACCAGCAGUCGGCAGGAAUCUUAAGAAUAUUUUGAAAGAAGAAUCUGAGGAUAAGCUUGAGAGCCUACAGAUGACCUUUGUGCAAAUAGAAGAAGGAGGUUCUGUGGUUGAGCUUAAAAAAAAUGGUGCCAACAUUCUUGUCACUAAGCAUAACAGGAAGGAAUUUGUUGACUUGUAUGUGAAUUACAUGUUGAAUGAAUCAAUACGGAAGCCAUUUGAAGACUUUAUGCAAGGUUUUUUAAGAGGCUGCCCAUCUGAAACCUGGAAGUUGUUUCUCCCCGUUGAGCUUCAGGUUGUUCUCCUGGGACACCCCAGUUGUGACUGGUGUCUGCUAAAGAAGAAUGUGACGUACAUAUACUACAAAGAGUCACAUCAAACCAUCAGGAAUUUUUGGACUGUGUUUCUCAAGCUCCCAGAAGAAAAAAAGAAAAAGUUUCUUGCUUUUUUAUCAGGAUCUGAUCUAAUCAUUCCCUAUGGACUAGAGUAUUUUCAAUUUUCUAUCGAAGACCCUCUGUGUGAAAAUCCAGAUGAUGCAUAUCCUUCUGCCUAUACCUGCAACUGCACUCUCUUCCUCCCCAGGUACAGCAGUAAAGAAAUACUUGAGGAAAAACUACUUUCUGCCAUAGAGUACAGUGAAGGUUUUGGCUUGAUGUAGCUCUUGGUCAGGAGCAUGUUAAAGCACAAACAAGAAAACAAGUGGUUGUCUGACCUGUAAUAUUUUUCCUGAUUUAUUCUGCUGUAGUGAUUUCUAUUCUGCCUUAUUUUUACUGCACUUUAUAAAAACACUUGAGUCUGUGUAUUCAGCUGAGAAUGUUUAUUGAUUAUAAAUCCUUGCAAGAAGCAACUUGGUAACCAAGUAUAUUUACAUAGAUGCUCAUCUUACCUGCACUUCAGUGGUCUUAUUUCUAUUUGAUGAGCUUUCAACAGUAAGGUUCUGUUAUUUGUACAUUACCAAACACAUAGCCAGUGCAUGCUAAGCAGUAAUCAUUGCAAGAGGGAGCUAGGGUAACAUUUUCAUCCUUAUUAGUUAAGGAUUCUUUUGGAGAAUAACUCAACCCUAAGGAGACAUGCUCCUUCAAACUGUGAAUUGAGGAGCAGUCUGUACUCACCUGAAUAUGGCCUUUGAGUUAUCUGAGAGAAGUUCCUAGGAUGAGGAGUUGAUCAUUCCUAGAGUUUGUCAAGACAAAGCUGUAUUUGUAAGGCAUUAAUGGAUGUUUUAUUAGUCAGUGUGAUAAUAUUUGUUGUGUUGGUUUACAUCUUCAAAGGAGUUGGCUGGUAAUUAAAUAAAACAGAAUGUUAGGCCUGCAGAACAGCUCUGACUACAGAACCUUGUGAACAUGAGGCUUGUGAGGCUGUUGGAAGCUCACUGCCAGAACUGUUUGACACUUAGCAACUGCAGGCAGCAUGUAAGGGCAGGAGGUUUAUUUUUUUUCUAUAUGUUUUACUUUAUGUAAAAUGCAUAUAUUUAUUGAGAGACAACAGUCAUGAUUUUUCAGCAGUGCUCUUUCAUUUCUUGUAUUGACAUACAUGUGUAAAGAAGGCUUUUACUGUGCUAAAUUAAUUGAUUAAAUUUCCACACUCAU